GUUCAACGAGUUAAUUCAAAACCUCGUUCAACGCAUACACUUCGGUUGGUCUUUUACAAUGAGUAUGAACGAUGACUUGGAAAGGUAUAUCGAGAAGUUGCGAAAGUGCGAACUCAUUACUGAGAGCGAGGUGAAACGAGUAUGUGAUCGCGCCCGUGACAUUCUCAUCGAGGAGGGUAAUAUUCGAAACGUGAGUACGCCGGUCACGAUAUGCGGAGACAUCCACGGCCAGUUUUACGAUCUGCGUGAGCUUUUCCGUAUUGGCGGAGACUGCCCACAAACGUGCUAUCUCUUCAUGGGAGAUUACGUGGACCGUGGCUAUUACAGCAUCGAAACUUGGUUGCUGCUGCUCUGUCUAAAAGUCCGCUACCCCGAUCGAAUCACUCUUCUUCGCGGUAAUCAUGAAAGUCGUCAGAUCAGCCAAACCUACGGAUUUUAUGAUGAAUGUCUUCGCAAAUACGGUUCAAUCAACGUAUGGCGGUUCUGCACAGAAAUCUUCGACUACCUCAGCCUUGCCGCAUUAAUCGACGGUCACUUCUUUUGUGUGCACGGCGGCCUAUCGCCUUCCAUCUCCACACUGGACCAAAUCCGUCUGAUCGAUCGGAAGUGCGAGCUUCCCCAUGAAGGCGGGAUGUGCGAUUUGUUGUGGUCGGACCCGGAUGAAGAAAUGACGGGUUGGGGAUUGAACUCGCGAGGCUGCGGCGCAGUGUUUGGAGGCGACUCUGUGAAGGAGUUCAACACAACGAACCACCUGGAUCUAAUCUGCCGAUCGCAUCAAUUGGUGAUGGAAGGCUACAAAUACAUGUUUGAUAAGAUGCUGGUGGCGGUGUGGUCGGCUCCGAAUUAUUGCUAUCGCUGCGGAAACGUCGCUUCGAUUAUGGAAGUCGAUUCCCAGCUGCAUUGUGAGUUUAAAAUUUUCGAGGCGGCGCCGGCGAGUGAGCGAGGCAUUCCGUCGAAGAAACCGCCUCCAGAUUAUUUCUUAUGA